CCGCCGCCAUCCAUCCCGCUACCGCCGUUGCCCGCUAUGACGAAGAUACGAGGAGCCGACCCGGCUGAUGAAGCGCCGUCGGACAGGGAGCGGAGGGGUGCAGAUGCAGCAGCCAUGGGUGUUUCAGGCGACCUACGGGCGCGCGCAGCUACCGGCAUCCCUCGAUCUGUCACCUCGUCGCCGUCAAUUCCUACCCUGCGUACCCAAAUAUCCUCACUGUCACCGUCGCCGUCGCCGUCGCCAUCGCCCUCACGAGUCCCGACUCCCAACUUGCGCAAAGCCGUCAGCAUCGAAGCCUUUCCGCGCCCUCCUGGCAGUGCCAUCGCCAGCCCCCUUGGGCCAUUGGCCUCGUCAAGCCCUCGGAACUCGUCGCAGUCGUCAACUUCUCUAGCGCCCAAUUCUCAUUCUUCUUCCAUAUCGCGUCUGCCCCUGUCGCCCUUAGCACCCCCAGCCGGACUACGCAAGCCACAGUCCAAGCCAUCUCUUCGCAAUCUACGCUCCAAGACAUCUACCACCUCCCUCACCACCGCCGCUGCCGCUGCCGCCAGCGCUGUCCGUAAUUCCAAGAGCGAGAGCCUACUUAGCAUACCUUCCCCUCCCGGGAGCCGCUCAUCCUCGGCACCUGUGUCCCCAGCCACUCCCUUGACGCCCAACACUGUCGCGGCUGACUCGACAAUGUCCGAAGCAACAAAUGGCGAUAAGGACAAAGAAGCAAAGGGGAACAUUACCGUCAGCGUUCGCGUGCGGCCCGAUGCUGCCGCAGAUACACAGCCUGAUGGAGAAUGGCUGGUCGACGGUCGACGCUCCCUGAUAACUUAUGAAAGUGGAGAGUAUCGCUAUGACAAUGUCUUUUCACCGCAUGACCAAAAUGCCCGCGUAUACGAAUCAGCUGCCAAACGCCUGGUACGGCGUGUUAUGGAAGGCUACCAUGGGACCGUCUUCGCAUACGGAAUGACCGGCACUGGUAAAACUUUCUCCAUGCAAGGCACUGCAAUGUCUCCUGGUGUUAUCCCUCUCGCCAUUACCGAUAUCUUCUCCUACAUCCGCCAGAAUCCUGCCCGCGAGUUUCUGCUGCGUGUCAGUUAUCUUGAAAUCUACAACGAAAAAUUCUACGACUUGCUUAAUCCGGACUCGAAUGAAGAAAUCAAACUGCGAGAAGACCCCCGGCGUGGUGUCUAUGCGACUCCACUGAAGGAAGAGAUCGUACAGAGCCCUAAUCAGCUGCUCAGAGUCAUUGCGCGUGGUGAUCAGCAAAGGCGUGUGGCAGGCACUCAAUUCAACGCCCGCUCCUCACGUUCGCAUGCUGUUGUUCAGAUUGUGGUAGAGUCGCGUGAACGCUCUGCCGUCCCAGUUGGCGACCCGAGGCGCGACAAAUUGCUGCCCGGAAGUGUCUUGGUGUCGACCCUUUCCUUGAUCGAUUUGGCCGGCUCCGAAAAGGCUGCCGAAAGCAAAGAACGCCGGACCGAAGGAGGCCAUAUCAACAAGUCCUUGCUUACCCUAGGCACAGUCAUUGCUCGUCUGUCCGGGGACAAGGAGAUCGCGGAAAAGGAUCAGAAACAUCUUCCUUAUCGAGACAGCAAGCUCACACGCCUUCUGCAGCCCGCCCUCUCAGGAAACUCGCUAGUAUCUAUCCUUUGUACCGUGCAGCUCUCAUCAGCAUCUAGUAGCGCUGCUGCGACCUCAUCACACACAACCGAGACCCUGAAUACACUCAAGUUUGCAAGCAGGGCUAAAAACAACCUUGUCAGUCAUGCGAAACGCAACGAAUCGAAUCCUUCUGAUGGCGCCGAUCCACGGAGUCGAGCUUUACUGGAUAGGUACAAGCUAGAGAUUAUCGAACUAAGAGCUCAACUGGAAGAACAAAGCAAAAUAAAAAAUGAGGCCGAGAAGUCCGAAAAAGCGGAGGUUGAAGAAGAGCGGUGGAGAGAAAGAGAACGUGAAAGUGCCGAACGCCACGAGGAGCAAAUGCUGGAAAUGCAGCUUGCCAGAACUGCUCUGAAAGAACGCAUCGCCCAUCUCAACCGACUCAUUUUGAGCUCCAAGUCUCUGGGAGUGAACUCGGGACGCUUCUCCACUGCUAGUUCGAGCAUGCCAGUCCUCCAGAGAACGAGUACACACAGCACUCUGGAUCGGCCCAAGAGUCGAAGGCCGGGCAGCAGCGGGAGUCAGACUACCUCGAGUCGCAUCCAGUCUGGCUCCACCACAGCGGGUAUGCUUCCCAUAGCACGGACUUCGCAAAUCGAGCUGGCCUCUGCGUCAGAAAACGAAGGCGAUGAUGAGGAGAUGGCAGCUGAUGAGGACGCCUUAGACCCUGGGAGUGCCUCCUCGGCCCGUCGAAUCAGUGCUUUACAAGCCGAUCUCGCAGACAAGGAUCGAUAUAUUGCAACCCUGGAGAAGAGGUUGUUGCAGAAUCGUAACAACUCGUACAGCAGAGCGAACAGUGCAAAGUCGCCUUUACAGAGUCGUGUGCCAUCACGAGACGGCCAAAACACAGAUGCUAUUGUCAAAGAGAAAGAUCAAGAGAUUGAGCGACUCCGACAAAAGCUUGAAGAUCAAACUCGUAUGGUGUCUGCACUGAGAAACGCUGCCAGAAAGCGUGAUAUGCUGGACACCUCUGGGGCUCUGUCACAACACCCAGCCUUCCGACAGAGUCCCACAACAUCACCAGAGAAAAGAGAGACACGUACACCAUACCGCAGCAUGAGUCGCCCAGAGCUCUUCCGAAGUGCAAGCGGCCCUGCCAGUGCUGUCGAAAAGACGUCACCGCUUGAUUCAUCACCUUCCGGGAACAACGGAUCGGCCGUCGAGCCGUCUAGCAACGUGGCAAGAGUCACGAGCACUAGCAACGUGCCAGGCACCCGACGGACUGUGGACGAGAUGACGAAGCUUUUGGAUGAGAUGAUUCAGGAUAAGGUCAACACUGGCCAUGUGAUUCGCGGUGACAGAGGCAGCUUGCGAGUAAAG